UUACAGGAUGAACUCAUCAUCCAUCGAAGGUCCAUUCGCAGACGCAGUCCAGCUGGCUUUCACUGUCCAAUUCGUCGUCGCUUAGUUGCCAAUGCCGCAGCCACUCCUGAGGGGAAGACAGUGUGGCGUCGGAUCAGGGUGCAGACAUGUUGGACCACCUGGACGCAGCCAAUCUUGUGUCUCUCUGCGAUCAAAUGGCAUGCGAGAAAGGAAGGCAGCCAACCAGAGAAGGACAUGGUUGAGAUGCAGUAUAUAAUGAGCGGCGUGGCCAGCGUGGCGGACUCAGAUGGAAGGCGCCUGAAGCGUGGCUCUGGCUUCUGA